GUCGAGUAGUCCAGUUUCGAGUGACACUAGUUUCGGGUGGUGCUCCACAUACGAGAGCCUCAGAGUUUAUUUAUUUUGUGCUAUUAUUAUUAUUGUUUUUCCUUUUUUUUCUCGGCCGCGCCACCACACACGCGGAUCGCGUUAAAAAUAUUUGGAAAAAACUCGUUCGCCGCGAUGACGUGAUAGUGCAGUCGCCGAUUCCGCAUUCCGCCGGCGCCGAAAAAUAAAAAACGGCGAAAAAAAUUCGGCGCGACCGUUUUUCCGGGUAAAAAUUUUUCGGACAAACCGCGAAAGUGGCUCUCUCGGUGACGGCCGCUUCGUCGGCGGCAUCAGCCGUGUUCUCCGAGAGCUCGGGCGACCUGCUGCCGGAGCUCAACAGCGCUGACCUAGCGAUGUCGCUGAGCCCCAAACCGCACCACCACCACCAUCACAACCAUCACGCCGCGCACACGACACCGUUCUCUGUUACCGACAUACUCAGCCCAAUCGAGGAAUACCGUAAGCUCGAGCUGUGCGGCUCGCCUUCUCCGUACCACAGGUCCAGCACGGCCGGUAGCACCGGUGGCAGUGCCUCCGGAAGCCCAGGAGCCAUGUCCGGCGGUGGAGGUAACAACAACAACAAUAAUAACGUCCCUGGAGCGGUCCCGUCCGCGGCCAGCUGGCACGUGCACCCGCAAUUCCCGGCACCGCCGCCGCCGCCACCUCAAUAUUGUCAGCCGGACAUGGUAACGUCGUACGGGAAUUCGGCCACGUGGUAUGGGACACCAGCCAACGAUCCACGAUUUGCAAUAUCCAGAUUGAUGGGCUCGUCAAACACCCCGAUGAAUGGUAUGACAAACAUGGAAUGCGAUAUCAAACCACCUCUACAGUUUCCACUUACCCAGAGACGAAAGCGGAGAGUGCUGUUCACUCAGGCUCAAGUUUAUGAACUAGAACGGAGGUUCAAACAACAAAAAUAUUUAUCAGCGCCUGAACGAGAACAUUUGGCUAGUCUAAUUCAUUUAACUCCUACACAGGUAAAAAUAUGGUUCCAAAACCAUCGAUACAAGUGCAAACGUCAGGCGAAAGAAAAAGCUAUGGCUGAACAGAAUGCCCAAAAUCAGGCUCAGAGUUCGCCACGACGAGUGGCCGUGCCCGUUUUAGUGAAAGACGGCAAACCGUGUUCGGGUACGUCAGACCCGUCUGGCCAACAGACUGCGCCCGGCGGCAACAAUUGCAACGGCCACAGUCCCGCUAUGCACCACGGUGGUCACGUACCAGUGCCCGUCCACCCCCAUCACCACGCUCACCAUCACCAUCAUGGGUCACCCAACGUCGGGCACCAUCAGCAGCAGCACCAACCGCCGCAACACCAGUUGCUGACCAACACCGCGAUGCCGUAUCCAAGACAGAACGUUGGUCAGCAUCACCAUCAACAGCAAAACAUGUCCUAUUUAUCCAUUCAAGGACGUGCGUGGUGAGCUGCAGUCAGUUAUCAUUACCUAUCUUAUUAAUAGGCGAGCAUUACUUAUAGUUUAGACUUUCAAAAAAAAAAAAAAAAAGAAGAUUUCAUAUUGUUUUAUUUCAAUACGAAUUUUUUAAGUGAAUAUAUAUAUAAACACACACACACACACACACACGCACACAUAGAAAAAUUAUGGUUAUAUUUAAGUAUAUAGAUAAUUCUGAGCAUACAGCAGUUUUUGAUCAAACGCAAUUAUAUAGUGAGAUAUUAGAAAAAAUGCAUAUAUUAUACGCGUAUAUUAUAUAGGUACGUACCUCUUUUUAAGCUUGUUACAUAUAACAAAAUGUUACAUACAUAAAUGUGUACACAUUUUUUAAUUUGAUUUUAUCUUGGACUCUCUAAGUCAAUUACAUUUUGUUUGUGCUAUGUGUCUUUUAGUAUUUUUAUUGUUUUAUAAAUCUAAACUUUCUACCUCCAAGUCACGUAUAUACUAUAUAUAACAUUCUAUGAAUGAAGCAACUAUUUUGAAACUUUAGUAAAUUAUUUUAAAAAACAAUAAAUUAAAUGUUUUUGAAUAGAUGACAUAGGCCACAGAUGGCAAAUCUAUGAYGCGUAAUAUGUCACAUUCAAAUUUUUAUCCUUCGAGCCAUGUAUGUAAAAAUUUUUAA